AUGCCUCCUACCCGCCCAUGGACGACCAAGGAUGGUAAGGUCCACGGCAUGGACCAGCAGAUUCCUAAUCCUUCCAGUCAUGUACGGUUUUACCCUGGUGACCAAAUCCAAGGAAACGGUCUUGACCUUGCCACCGUAUUGAAGAAGAAAGCAGCCGCGGCAGCUGAGAGGGAAAAGUUUAUGAAGGGUGCCGGUGCCAGAGGACCGGGUGGCUGGGGAUCCAGCAGCCGAGGACGCGGCGCUGGAGCAUCCAGCACCGGCAGCGCCAGAACGUUCGACCCUGCCCAGUUCGGGCUCGAGCGAGACACCAAUAUCGUCUGGAUCGAGGAGCCAAGGAGAAGGUUCGCCAAGAACCAGCAAGGAACCGACAACUUUGCGCAAGUUCAAUCCAUCAUCCGCCAAAGCCUGUCCCGCCUCGGCCUCGACUAUGCAGUCGUUCGCACCGGUCCUCACGAGGACCAAAACCUGCACGAUGAGCUGGGCACCGUCCGGAAACGCACCGAUGCCGUCAGUGGCCGGGUGUCUAAUGAGACUUCGCCUGCCGACUUACAUGUCACCUUGUAUGCCGGCAAGAAGGAUGGCAUGAGGGGCGAAGAGCUCUCCAAUUCGGGCUCGAGCAAGACGAGAACAUUGUUUGGGUCGAGGAGCCGCGGAGGGGAUUCGUAG